AUGGAGAGUGCUUGGUUUUCUUGGGACUUCUGUUUGUUUUUCGUCCUCAUAAAUACUUGCGGUGUGACGGGAAACGCUGGACUUGCAGACGCAGACGAGUGCUCCGAGGCCACGGACGACUGUCACAUCGACGCCCUCUGCCAGAACACUCCCAAGUCCUUCAAGUGCAUCUGCAAGCCUGGCUACAAGGGGGACGGCAAACAGUGUGAAGACAUGGACGAAUGUGACAAUGACUACACAGGGGGGUGUGUCCAUGAGUGCAUCAACAUCCCGGGAAACUACAGGUGCACCUGCUACGACGGCUUCAUGCUGGCGCACGACGGCCACAACUGCCUGGAUGUGGACGAGUGCCUGGACAACAACGGCGGCUGCCAGCAGGUGUGCGUCAACACCAUGGGCAGCUACGAGUGCCUGUGCACCGAGGGCUUCUUCCUGAGCGACAACCAGCACACCUGCAUCCACCGCUCCGACGAUGGAAUGAACUGCAUGAACAAGGACCAUGGCUGUGCCCACAUCUGCCGGGAGACGCCCAAGGGGGGCGUGGCGUGCGAGUGCAGACCCGGGUUCGAGCUGGCCAAAAACCAGAGGGACUGUACAUUGACUUGUAACUAUGGAAACGGAGGCUGCCAGCACACCUGCGAUGAUACAGACUCAGGGCCUGUGUGUGGCUGUCACCAGAAGUACGCCCUGCAUUCGGACAGCAGGACCUGCAUCGAGAGAGAUGAGGCUGCAAUUGAGAGCUCUGAGUUCAAUGCCACGUCAGUAGCUGAUGUGGACAAGCGGGUGAAACGGCGGCUACUCAUGGAAACCUGUGCGGUGAACAAUGGCGGGUGUGACAGGACGUGUAAGGACACAGCCACCGGGGUGCGCUGCAGCUGUCCCGUGGGCUUUACCCUGCAGCCUGAUGGGAAAACCUGCAAAGACAUCGAUGAGUGUCAGGAGAACAACGGGGGCUGCGAUCACUUCUGCAGGAACACGGUGGGCAGCUUCGAGUGCAGCUGCCAGAAGGGCCACAAACUGCUGACGGACGAGCGCAGCUGCCAGGAUAUUGACGAGUGCUCUUUUGAAAGGACAUGUGACCACACCUGCAUCAACUACCCGGGCAGCUUUGAGUGUGUGUGUGAACCAGGCUACACGCUGUAUGGGCUGACGCACUGCGGGGACGUGGACGAGUGCAGCAUCAAUAACGGCAGCUGCGAGCACGGCUGUGUGAACACGCUGGGCAGCUACGAGUGCGUGUGCCCGCCCGGCCAGAAGCUGCACUGGAACAAGAAGGACUGCCUCGAGGCGGUGAAGUGCCUCCCCAACGGAAAACCCGCCCCCAGAGCCCAGCUGAGCUGCACCAAGACAGGCGGCGUGGAGGCGUGCUCGCUGUCCUGCCCCUCCAACGCUCUCUUCACCACAGAUUCAGAGAACAGCUACACCCUCAGCUGUGGAGUCCCAGUUCAGUCUGUGAAAGCCCCCCAGAAGAGGAACGCCACUGGUGCCUCACUCAGCUGUGCAGGUACAUCACUCUCCGAACCUCGAGAGCUUUUAGCUCCGCCCAUCAAACAGAAGGCCCGCUUCAAGAUUAAGGACGCCAAGUGCCACCUGAAACCUCGCAGCAAGGGGAAGCAUAAAGAUACCCCCAAGCAGAAUGUGCAAGGGGGCCAGUUCCCGUGCAUGGACGACUGUCACGUGACCUUCGUCAACCUCAAGUGCGACUCGUCCAAGAAGCGCCGGCGGGGGCGGAAGUCUCCCUCCAAAGAGGUGUCGCACAUCACGGCAGAGUUCGAGAUGGAGAUGAAGGAGGAGGAGGCCUCAGAAUCCUGUAACAUGGACUGCGUGAGGGAGAAGAUGAAGCAGAAGCUGCAGAUGGCCAUGCGGACCCUCAGGAAGUCCAUUAACAAACAGCAGUUCUACAUCCAGUUCUCGGGCACGGAGUACGAGGUGGCCCAGAAACCAGCCCGAACACCUGGCAACCAGGAGUCCUGCAGCACCGGCCAGGUCCUGCAGGAGGGCAAGUGUGUCAGCUGCAGUGUGGGGACCUACUACAGCGGCGAGCAGGAGCAGUGCAUGCAGUGCCCUCCUGGCACCUACCAGGACACGCCCGGCCAGCUCUCCUGCGAACCCUGUCCCAGCACUGACAGCCAGGGCAUCGCCGGAGCCAAGAACGUGUCUGAGUGCGGAGGUCAGUGCCCGCCGGGUCACUUCUCCUCAGACGGGUUCCGGCCCUGCCAGCCCUGCACCCUCGGGACGUUCCAGCCGGAGCCCGGGCGGGUGCUCUGCUUCCCCUGUGGAGGGGGGCUCAUGACCAAACACGAGGGGGCCGUGUCCUUCAAGGACUGCGAAGCUAAAGUGCACUGCGCUCCCGGACACCACUACAACUCCACCACACACCGCUGCAUCCGCUGCCCGGCCGGCACCUACCAGUCCGAGUUCGGCCAGAACUACUGCAUCACCUGCCCUGGGAACACCACCACGGACUUUGAUGGAGCCACCAAUGUCUCGCACUGUAAAAACCAGAUGUGUGGGGGCGAGCUAGGAGACUACACGGGCUACAUCGAGUCACCGAACUACCCCGGGGACUACCCCUCCAAUGUGGACUGCGUCUGGAACAUCAACCCUCCGCCAAAGAGACGCAUCCUCAUCGUCGUCCCAGAGAUCUUCCUCCCCAUCGAGGAUGAGUGUGGCGACGUGCUGGUCAUGAGGAAGAGUGCGCUCCCCACCUCCAUCACCACCUAUGAGACCUGUCAGACCUACGAGAGGCCCAUUGCCUUCACCUCCAGGUCCCGCAAGCUGUGGAUCCAGUUCAAGUCCAAUGAGGGUAACAGUGGAAAGGGCUUCCAAGUGCCCUACGUCACCUAUGACGAGGACUACCAGCAGCUGAUUGAAGACAUUGUUCGAGAUGGAAGGUUGUACGCCUCCGAAAAUCACCAAGAAAUAUUAAAGGACAAGAAGCUGAUCAAGGCGCUCUUCGACGUGCUGGCCCACCCCCAGAAGUACUUCCAGUACACAGCCAAGGACAUGUUCCCCAGGUCCUUCAUCAAACUGCUGCGCUCCAAAGUCUCCAGGUUUCUACGGCCGUACAAAUAG